CGCGUUGUAAACUGCGCUGUAAUACAGUAUGUAAUUUUUCCUUAGCAGAAAGCACGACGGUAUCCAGAUAGCGCAGUCAGACAGGGUGUGUUGUUUGUUUAAAAAAAGAACGUGGGCACCAGCGGAUUGUCGGCGUACCGGAAAAAAACGCAUUUGCCGUGACGUAUCUGCGUCUAAAAAAUGUGGAUAACACCGGUGAUUGUUAUCUUCAGCCUGGUUUCUUACGCUAAUCUGCUUAAUGCACAGGCAUCGCGAUGCAUGGAAGCGCUGAAGCGCUACCCGAAACCGGACGCCACUUACACCGCCAAGCAUCUGGAUAACAACUGUCCGGAAUUGUGCCAGAGCAGCAACGGCAAGCAGGGCACUGGCCAGUAUUACCAUCCCUAUGACUGCCACGCUUUUAUUAACUGCCAAGGCAAUGAUGCAUCGGUGCAUUACUGCCAACAAGGCCUUGAAUUUAACGAGAAACUCGCCGCAUGCGAUUGGCCCUUUAACGCCAAAUGUCCGAAGCGCUCCUGGCCGAGCACGUCCCCGCUUACAACUACCACACCCCCGUCGGCCGCAAAACUGGUCUUCCCGCCGUCGACCACUUGUAAAGAUAGCGAAACUGGUUUCAAUGUGGUGGAAUAUCUGGGCUACCGUCCGGAUCUGUGCACAAGCGGCAGCGGACGCUACCCGGCACCGGACUGCCGCUACUACGUCCGCUGCAACGGCACCGAGGCCUCCGUCGCCAAAUGCCCGGCGGGGUUCGUCUUUGACCCGGUGACGCGCCGCUGUGAUUGGCCGCACAAGAAUAGCGACUGCCAGCAUCUCUGCUCGACCUUCGGCAAUAUUGUCGUCUCGGAGCGGACGACACCGACGCUGCCACCGCCUCCCACUACGCCCGCCCACGUCACCCCGCAGAAGAUUAUCCAGUCAACGACACCACACCAUCACCACACCGGACCGACCAAAGCGACGCAGCCAACCACGACGACGACCACAACUACAACAACCACAACGACCACCACAACCACGCCCACCACGACAACGACCACCGAGCCACCCCAUGAUCCGUUGUGCCACGCGGCCGAGGGGAACUUUGAAUAUCCCAACGACUGCAAGAAGUACGUCACGUGCACCAAGUGGCAUGCGGCGCUACAGGACUGCCCCAGCGGACUCGUGUACGUGGAGAAGAUGAAGUGGUGCAACUGGGUAUGGCUGUUGCCACCCAACCACAAAUGCUACAAGCCCUUUGAUGACGGGUCCGGGGAUUGUCCGUUCUACCGUGGAACCGAGAACGAGACCUAUGCGUCUACCACGACCACAACUAGGCCGGCCGUUGUGCCCAAACCGCUUAGCUACUGAUAAUCAUUGGUAUUAUAAAUCCUACAGUUCCAGUA